GGGAGGAAAAACACUGAAGGGGUAGCUAUGGAGAUGGAGCGUUUUCCUGGCUGCUUUCUUUGACAGGUGUUGAGUGGGGCAAAAGUCUUAAAACAGAAUCCAGCAUGUACGCCAAAGGUAAAGGAGCCGUGGUCCCUUCCGACAGCCAAGCGAGAGAAAAGUUAGCUUUAUACGUCUAUGAGUAUUUGCUGCAUGUCGGCGCACAGAAAUCAGCACAGACCUUCCUGUCUGAGAUACGAUGGGAGAAGAACAUCACGCUCGGGGAACCUCCGGGAUUUUUACACUCGUGGUGGUGCGUAUUCUGGGACCUCUACUGCGCCGCCCCAGACCGGAGAGAGACAUGCGAACAUUCCAGCGAGGCCAAGGCUUUCCAUGAUUAUAGUGCGGCCGCAGCUCCCAGUCCAGUGAUGGGCAACAUGCCACCCAACGAUGGCAUGCCAGGAGGACCCAUGCCCCCAGGUUUCUUUCAAGGACCUCCAGGAUCACAGCCCUCCCCCCAUACACAGCCACCCCCACACAACCCGAGCAAUCCCAUGAUGGGACCUCACGGACAGCCAUUUAUGUCACCGCGAUACCCAGGUGGGCCAAGGCCCGCACUUCGUAUGCCAAAUCAGCCGCCAGGGAGCAUCCCCGGGUCACAGCCCCUCCUGCCAAACAGCCUGGACCCCACCAGACCUCAAGGACAUCCAAACAUGGGAGGUCCAAUGAGAAUGAACCCCCCUCGAGGGAUGGGUGGCAUGGGCCCACAGAAUUACGGUGGAGGGAUGAGGCCGCCUCCAAACUCCAUGGGUCCAGGGAUGCCCGGCAUGAACAUGGGUCCGGGUGGAAGAGGUCCAUGGCCUAAUCCCAACAACAACUCAAUAGCUUAUUCGUCUUCAUCUCCAGGCAACUAUGUGGGCCCCCCAGGGGGAGGAGGCCCACCAGGAACUCCCAUUAUGCCGAGCCCUGGAGAUUCAACAAACUCCAGUGAAAACAUUUACACAAUGAUGAACCCCAUAGGCCCUGGUGGAAACAGACCUAAUUUCCCAAUGGGACCAGGUCCUGACGGGCCCAUGGGUGGGAUGGGUGCAAUGGAGCAGCAUCAUAUGAACGGCUCGCUAGGCUCUGGCGACAUGGAUGGGUUGCCAAAGAAUUCUCCCAACAACAUGGCAGGCAUGAACAAUCCUCCCGGCACUCCGCGGGAUGAUGGCGAGAUGGCAGGCAACUUUUUAAACCCAUUCCAAAGUGAAAGUUAUUCACCCAACAUGACGAUGAGUGUGUGAUUUUAUUUUAUUUUAUCUUUUAUUUUACGUUUUCCAUCUCCCUUUAUCCCACCCUCUCUCCCCGGUGCGUCUUGCAUUGCCCCUUCAUCCUCUUCUCCUUCUGUCUGGACCGGUGUGUGAUGCCGCCCAGCCCCUAGGGAUGCCCAUGGACAGCAGGACUCCCCUCAAGGGCCCCCACCCCAGCGUGUGUAAAAUGGGUGUAAGAACAUGAGACUUUCUUUCUGGCCCCCCCACCUCGUCUUGAGCCUCGGAGCCUAAAUCUCUCAACACCCCUACACCAUCAUUCAUGAUGCCCCCUUCUCCAUGAUCACCACCUGCUGGCAUGGCGAGGGAUGUUUAAAGACACAGAUUUGAUCCUUCAGGACACUAUUUUUUAAUCUUUGUAUUUUUGUUGUCGUCUUUUGUGUAAAGGGCAAUUUAUUUUCAACAAGAGUGCCUGCAAAUCCUAAAAUGUGUAUUUUUUGUCCCCUAAAUCAACAAUUUAUCAAUUUAUUUUGGAGUUCAAUCUCACCUGCUUUCCACUCCAGAGGACGCCUUCUGUUGUUUCCUUUGGAAUGGAUCACAUUGAAUGCAGCACGCUAAUACUUCCAAGGCCUCCUCUGUUUCGCCUCACGUCACAUAUGAAGAUGACAACGGUGUCUUUGGGCCACACUGAAAAAAAGAGAAACAUAGUAUGAACAUUAAGAAUUAUUUCCUGUCAUUUUCUUUUCUUGAAGAAAUACAUCUUUAUGAUAAUAUGAUAUUGAGAAUUUAUCCUUCCAAUGUUGUUUCUUUGUUUUUUGUGUAAUUUUACCAAUAUCUCUUUGUAACAUUACAACAUUUUUUUUUAAUAUUGGUAAAUUAUCCUUGCAAGAUUGCAACUUUUUGCGGGGGGAAUAUUGCUACUUUGUUUACUUAUUUUCGGAACUUCUUUUUGCAAGAAUACAUAUUUUUUCCUUGUGAUAUUACAACCUAAUUUUCCUAAUAUUCCAUCUUUAUACUUCUCUCUUGUAACGUGAAUUUCACUUUUUCUUCUCAUAGUUUCUUGUUACAUUACAAAUUUCUUCUCGCAAGAUUAUGAAUAACUAUCCAUUUUCUAUAUGUAUGCUGGAGUCUAUGCCAACUGACUUUGGCCAAGAGGACUGGUCGCCAGCCAAUCACAGGGCACAAAUAGGACAAUUAACCUAACUGCAUGUUUUUGGAGGAAACCGGGAACAUCCUCCAGAUCUCCUGACUGUGUAGCCAACAUGCUAACCACAAGUCCACCGUGUGGCUAAUUUUCUAAUAUAACGUUAUUUUCAUAAGAUUUCGGCUAUAAUCCCUCAAAAUAAUAAUUACAUUUUUUUUAGUAUGACUUUGUGCAAUGUUACGUUUUGCUUGUGAUUUGCAUGAAGUUGCGACUUUCUUCUUGCAAGAUUAUGACUUUUUCCUUGUAAUAUGAUGGCAAGAUAAUGACAAUUUCAAUUAUUUUUCCUUAAGGUGCAACUUCAUUUGAUUACAUUUUUCUAUUGGCAAGAUAACAAUUGUGAUUUUUUUUCUUGUAAGUUUGUGGGUUUUGGUUUUUUUUGUCUUGAAAAAGAAAUAUGUUUGAUAUCAUAAUAAGAAGACACAACAUUAUGAUGUCAUUCCUCUUAAAAUGGCAAUAGUUUUGACUUUUCAGUGUGGCCCUGAUACUCUUGAUACUCCUUUGUACAUUGACAUCUAGGCCAUAGAGGUUCCUGGAUCCAGACUAUUUAGCUGGGGGCAAAGGUCACACCAAUAUUAUAUGUAUGGUUUAUAUCUGUUUUUGUUGUUUUUACAUUGAGUAUAAUCACCUGUAAGAGGAGCCCAGAAAAACUGCAGACAAAGACGAGCACAGUGACAUAUGAUGAUGUUGAUGAUGAUGGUUAAAACAAUGUUUUUGAAGGGAUAAGAAACCUUUUCCGUGGCAUCGCAAUUGUUUUAUAGACGCCAGUUUAAUAAUAAUGGUGAUAUCAAUGUGACUUUUACCAGGAACAUGACCAGGAUUUGGCUCUGAGGGUCAAUGUGGGGACACCCACCCUCCCUUUCUUCCCUCGAGUACUAUCCCACAACCCCAUAAGUUCUCUUUUUUUAUUUUAAUUUUUGGUGUAAAUACUGUACAAUGCAUUUUGAUAUCAUGGACAUGUUUUGAUAUGUCAGUCACUACCAAUGAGUACAGCUGAGAGUAAAUUAUUAAUAAUAAAACUGUCCAUGUUUUUCAUAGAGAAAGAUGGCUGGCGGGGCUAAACUAAAAAUGUUGUUAUAGGACGCAGAGACAACACAAUGUUACUUUUAGCUAUGAAUAAUCAUUAAUUUGACCUCAUAUUGCAGUUUUUUUGAUAUGAAGGAUUUCGCUCUUUUUUUUAGCAAUUUAAGAUCACUUUGAAAAAGGAUGACUGUUUAAAAUUAAGAUCUAAAAGUCUAGGGCGUUAAAAACUGUGUCCUUUUGCUAUUGAGUCUUGUAUAGAAGCUCUCUCAGUCCUCUGUGUAUAUGGAUCGUUGGCCAUCUCUGUACUUCUAUUGUGAUGUAUAAUACUGUACCAUUAGGGAGAUUUGCUGGUCAUGUUGAGUGUGGGAGGGGUAGGGAUUAUAAAAAAAAAAAAAGAUUCUCCUGCAGUAUUCAAUAUGAAGCAGUCUGUCUCUUUGGUUUGCUUUGUAUUUCAUGCUAGGAUAGUUUGGAAUCUUGUCUUCUUAGGGACUUAGAUGUCUUGUGUAGCUAAUAAAGAUGUUCUUUGUAUGUUU